AUGCUACAGCCUUCUACAUACCCUGAAGGGCAUCCAAGUUUGAGCAAACUUAAGCAUUUGCAAGAAGAUUCAAAGCGCCUGGGAACAGGGGAGAACUUCUAUAGGGCACCACUUACCACGUUCUUUCACAGUGGUCAUAACAAUGUUGGUGUGCCAAUGCAAGCGAAUACAGGAUCAGGUCAUGAGACUACUGGUCUCAACGAUGGCUCAAAAAACUCGGUAGCAACAACUUAUCUUGCCGAUGCCUGGAAUUGGGGCGCGGAAAUAUUUUGCGGAUGCGAGGUCAGGUUUGUGAAGAAGAAUCCCGAUGAGGAUGGGUACAUUGUUCACUUUGCGUGGCAUGGGAGUGGCAGAUCUGUUUUCAAGAAUUUUUUCAAAGAACAGCUCUUUUGGGUUAAGGCAACAGAUUUCUGUUUUCUUGGGGCUGGUGCUCUAGGUACAACCGAGAUCUUGCUAAGGUCUAGACAGUGUGGGCUACAGAUGUCACCGCUUGUUGGACGAAACCUUUCCGGUAAUGGUGAUAUGUUAUUGUUUGGGUACAAUGGGAAAACCAACGUCAACGCAAUUGCCCGCAGAUCUUCCCACGCUAUUGAGGCACCGGGUCCGACUAUCACUGGAGUGAUCGAUAAUCGUCUUGUUGACCCCGUAGACAGUCCUCUUUCUGGAUACAUCAUCCAGGAUGGCUGCAUCCCUGAGCCGAUGAACCCAGUGAUUCUAAUGAUGUUCACUAUGCAGACGAUAAAAGACCAAAUCAGGCUCUUCUUUUCAAAUCCUCGGGAGGGGACCAGAAGGACUUUGAGUGUUUUGAAAUCUUGUGUACUUGGUCCAUAUGCAAGUGACGGGGCAUUGCAGCGGACUUCAACAUAUCUCGUGAUGUCUCAUGACAGCAACGAGAUAACAUUGACCCUAGAAAAUGACCAGCUGUGUUUACAAGCUCCCUCAGAAGGUCGGCUCGAAAAUUUCAAGAAGAUUAAAGAUUUGCUGAGUACAUUAUUCGGCUGUACACAAGCAAGCAUGGGUUUCUCAUAUUUCUAUGGGCGCCACGAGGAGGAAAUUACUGUUCAUCCACUAGGAGGUGCCAAUAUGAGCAGUGAUGGUACGGGAAGUGCGGGCGCUACUAAUCACCUGGGAGAGGUCUUUACUGGUAAAGGGAGCGAAGUGUACAAAGGACUCGUGUGCUGUGAUGCCGCCAUAAUUCCAACAGCCUUGGGUGUGAACCCGCUCGCAACCAUAACGGCACUUUCAGAACGUUCUGUCGAACUGCUUGCCAAGAAAUGUGGUCUUUCAGCUGAUCUUGCUACCAAGAACGGUGUUUUGAAUACCUAUAGCAAGCCCAGGGUCUCAAGGAAUCAACAAACCCGCAACAAAAUCAGGAACGUCGAAUCAAAAUCCAUUGGAUGGCAAUUUACGGAGACUCUAUAUGGUCACAUUUGCAUUGGAGCGACUAAAGAACCUCUCGCACACUAUGAAAGGAUUGCAGAGAGCUCAUCUUGUGCCAUGCGGAUGAUUCUCACGAUAGACAUCUGCCAGUCCCAGAAAGGACCAGGAUAUCAAGGAAAGUGCACAGGAACAGUUUCUUGCUACGCAUUAUCAGCAAAUACUCUUAAAAUUGUUGAGGGAACUGUAAAAUUUUUUACGCCGAUGGAAGAAAAGGCAGAGUCGUCGAGCAUCUCAUAUCAACUGCAUCUCCUCUCAGUAGAAGGAAGGCAAUAUCUCCUGGAUGGCCACAAGGUUAUCAACUCGAACAUGGCGUUCUCCGUCAGGAAGACUUGGGACGCUACAACCACGGUCAACGUCCGCAUCACUCGCUCGAAUGGGGCAAUAGUUGGAUCAGGGGCCCUUUAUAUUUCACUGCAGGACUUCCAAAGGCAAAUGCAAACGUUCCGGCCUAACACAGCUCUGACAGCCGGCCUUUUUCGGAACUUGAUAGUUUUUCUACUCGCUUUCAUGCUUCACGUGAGCCUCUUCUUCUUCAGCCCCUUCGUUCCUGUACGCUUUCCUUGCCCCUCGCCUCAAGAGAAGAUCAUUUCAAAGAAAAAUAUCCCUUCAAAAGCAUUCAAAAUCAAAGCAAGAGAUGGUGUGCAAGUGCUUCUUGAAGUUUACCAUCCUCUUCCUUCGGAAGAGAAAGAUACUUCGAGAGACAGCACAACCCUUCCGCCAGUUCUACUUCUUCCAGGUAUCACGGGGAUGGCGGCGCACAACCUUUAUGCAUUGCCGUUCUUGCGUUGCAAUAUGAUCGAUUAUCUCACAGAGCGUGGACACCGAUGUUACGCACUCUCACCUCGCUGGAGUGCUGAGUCCGCCGUGGCCCAGAGAUCUACGGUUUUCGACUGCCGUCUCGAUGUUGCCGCAGCAAUCGAUUUCGUUCGAGACCAGGAGACACUGAAGCCAUAUGUAAUAGCCCACUGUCAAGGAUCUGUGGCUCUCGGCAUGGGUCUCCUCGAUGGGACCAUAUCCAGCAACGACCUUCUCGGUGUCACUGCAAACUCCGUCUUCAUAAAUAUGGUCUUCGGGUAUUGGAAUGCGGUCAAAGGACGGACCACUCUUCUGAUCCAACUAUACGAAUUAAUCGCAGGGAAAUUCUUUCCAAUUUGCAGUAGCGCCCGAGAUGCUAUCUUUCAACGAUUACUCGAUGCCUUGCUUCGAUUCUAUCCCGUGGGGAAUACACGAGACCGGUGCACAUCCACGGCGUGCCGUCGAACAUCUUUCGCCUUUGGAUUACUAUGGAACCAUGAGAACCUUGACGUGGGUAUUCAUGACAACGUUCAUCAAUUUUUCGAAGGGACCUACACGACGAUGAUGAAGCAAGUGGUUCGCAUGGGAACUAAAGGGAGAUGUACCGACAAUAAGUCACAUUCUCUUCUCACCGAUGAGAACUUGCAGCGACUGCAAGGGCUACCAAUUCUUUUCGUCUCGGGUACCGAAAACCAAGUAUUCAAUCCCGAAUCAACGCUGAAGGACUAUGAGUUGUUGCGCCGACGGUUCGGGGAGAGGCACUAUCGCAGAUUCCUAGCCGAGGGGUAUGGUCAUCUCGAUCCUAUCGUUGGGAAAAAUGCUGCCGAGGAUGUCUAUUGGAGAAUAUUGACGCAUCUGAAAAGCUGUAGUGAAGAU